AGAGCCGGCCGGAGAGCCUGGUGACAGAGACGCCAUGGCGCCUCGCACGUGGGCGUUGAGUGAGGGGAAAGUGCCGCUUCCAAAGUAUCGGAAGUAUUGGGAUGGUUCAAGACCACAAGUCUGGAUGGUGCCGGCGGCACCUUCCACUGCGAAGGGCCUCGGGAAGGGUCAAGGGCCGAGUGAAGGUGCUCCCUCCCAAGUGGUGUCGCAGAUCCCCUGCGUGGAGGCCGCCGAAGUGCCGGCGCCAGACCUGUCGGAAGGCUCGUGGACACCUGAGGUGCGCUCCGCGCUCUGGAGCAUGUCCUCUUCGGGGUCCCGAAGGGAGCCUUCGUCCCGUCACAGCCGCACCACGACACCUCGUGGACAGCUGGCACCGCACGGUCCCAGCGCUUGCGCAGCGCGGAAUGCUGGCGCGCCCAGCGCUCCCGAGGUGAGUGCCCAAGUGCAUCCGCCCUGGGGCGUGGAACGUGCCAACCAGGAUCGGCCGGAUCUCCUGCUGCAGAAGCGCCUAGAAUAUAGACAAGUGUUGGACGAGCAGAGCGCCAAGAUGGCAGACCUGCACCGACGGCAACGUGCCGAGCAAGUGGAGUUGGAGAAGAACUCCAUCCCGUCACUUGCGACCAAGACUCAUGAGUGGGAGAAGCACACGGAGGGAGAUUGGAAGGCUUUGAUGGAGGAGCAGCGCAAGGCAGCGGCCUGCAGACAACAGAAGGAGCUUCAGAAGCGUUUGGAAGAGGAGGAAAGCUGCCGUGCAUGGCUGCAGCAGGCAGCCGAAGAGCGCGCCAAGCGCUACUUCCUCACGCGGCGGCGGCAAAAGGAGGAGGAUUGCGAACUCACGCAGGAGUGGAUGAAAGUGAGUGAGGAGAAGAAACGGCUCAAGGAGAAGACUCGGAAGGAGGAACUGAAAUCCGAACAAAAGGCCUUGCAAGCGCUCCGGGAAGGCUUAGCCCCGCCCCGGCGCCUGCGGAAGCCCGUGAGCCUUUGCGAUUACUACACGGAGCCUGUGAGUUUGCCCAAAUCCCGAUGAGUCCGCGAUGUCGUCUCCCUUGCCGCGUGAAAAACACCUGCGUGGGGAGUGGCUUUCUUAGGAGUUGAGAAGAGAGGCCUGAUCUCUGGAUGUCUCUAUGAAGACAGACUUGUCCUUUUCGGGAGGCCUGCGUC